AUGAUGUUAGGACAGAAAAUUUUUCCUCUAAAGUUGGGCUUUGUGAUCACAAAAACCUCUGUUCUGUGCGAUGAUUCACCCCCGAGGGAGCGUCUCGAGCAAGGGUGCACCAUCUUGAGAAGAUUAACAAAUGGAAAACAUAUCAGUAAUCCUACAGUUGAAGUCACAGUUAAAGGAAAGGUAGAUAAAGAUACAGGAAUGGUUGUUAAUAUUGCAGACUUAAAGAAUGUAAUGAAGGUUUCUGUAAUGGAUACAUUAGACCACAAAAAUCUAGACAAGGAUGUUCCUUUCUUUAAAGAAGUUGUUAGUACCACAGAAAAUCUAAGUAUUUUUAUCUGGAAGCAACUAUCUAGCAAUCUUCCUCGUGGAAUGUUAUACAAGGUUAAAGUUCAUGAAACUGAUAAAAACUGUGUUACUUUUUAUGGUGAAUUUAAAGCAUAAUUAAAAAAAAAAAAUAGACAGCUGUGAUCUCUAAUUAGAAUGUUACCAUGAUGCAAAAAUAAAAUGUAACACCAUAAAAUUUCUUAGUUUCAAAAUAAUUCAGAACACCAAAUAAAAGACGAUUUUUAUUUUAAUCAAAAAGUCCAAA